GAUCGCUGGACGCCUAUAUAACAUAUCAUUCAUUAUUUCCCCAAUUCGUUUUAACCCCUCUGUCCUGUUGGGUAGGGGCUAUCACAACUCCGCACCUCAUCCCAAGGCCACCAUGAGUUCUGCGGAUGACAAAGAUGACAUGGCCUUUAAGAUCUUGAAAGCCGCCAACGGAGCGGGUGCGAGAUUGGGAACGCUGACACUGCCCCAUCGGAAGCAGAUCAAGACGCCCAACUUUGUGGAUAUCUCGUCCAGAGGCGCAAUACCUCAUCUGACUAUCGAUGUCCUGAACAAAUAUACCAAUGUGCACGGCGCUUAUAUGGCCCUCGAGGACUUCAUAGAAAGGUCCAUCAAGAGGGAUUCGCCAGCAAUCUAUGCAACCCCAGAAGACGGCGGUAGGCGCCUUCACUCAUACACAGCUCUGCCCACCGAGAUCAUCACCAUUUUAGGUGCUCGUAGAUAUCCAGCUGUCGCGGCCCCAAUGGGAAACGGAGCCAAGCAUCUUUCCGUCUUUACUUCUACUGGCUUUCAGAGUUUAGAAAUUGAGCGGUAUUGCAAGGCUGUUCUCACACUCAAGCCAGAUAUAGUCAUUCCCAUGGCAGAUCUAACAUUCGACAAGGGGACGCGCAGCCACAAACGUUUGCGUAGAAUGCUGGAACGAACCGACGAAUGGGUUGAAGGUUUCUUCCAGAUACUUGAUUGUGACAACGCCUUGAAGCCAUUGGGCAUUGAGAUCUUUGCUCCGACACUUCCCGUUGAGUAUGCGAUGCAAUGGGAAUACCUAAAUCGCCUGUCCGAAGACCAUGCUCCAAAGCUUUCCGGUCUUGCAGUCUACGAUGUCAAUAUCUUACCCGACCUGCAGCGACAUGCUCCAUUAGCAUCUCUAGCACGGCUAUCAAUGGACUCGCCAUCGUCUCCCCAUCAAAUUCUGCGACAGAUCCAGCUAGGCAUAGACAUUUUUGCCCUUCCUGUUCUGAACGGAAUAUCGGAUGAGGGCACUGCAUUGACUUUCUGCUUCCCUCCAUCGCCGGCGCAAGCUGGCAAUGUCAAACCGCUUGGGAUAAACUUGUGGUCAAAGGAGCACCAGACGUCCGUGACGCCGCUGGUGGAAGGCUGCGACUGUUACACAUGCACUAAACAUCAUCGUGCGUUUAUCUGCCAUCUUCUGGAUGCUAGAGAAAUGUUGUCGUGGACAUUGCUUCAGAUUCACAACCACCGCGUAAUGACCAAGUUUUUCGACGGUGUCCGCUCUGCCCUUGCCGAUGAAUCAUUCGACCAGAAAGUCCAAGACUUUGCUCGUGCUUACGACCCAGAGCUCCCACAUAGCACAGGAGAGCGCCCACGGACCCGAGGGUAUCACUUUAAGUCCGAAGCUGCACAGCCCAAAUACAACGAAGCCCCAUGGCGAGCAUAUAAAGGCGACACAGGUGGUGAUCAGGCGCUGGCAGGUGAGGCUGCUGGCCUAGCCGUGACAGGGGCCGCAUCGCUGGGAGCCGAAACUCCGCUGAUCCCCGAAGCAACUGCUGAAGAGUUGAAUGAGAAAGGUUUUGCCGAAAUAGAAAAGAGCGCUUGAUGCCCGACCAUGGACUCGGCCAAUUCUUCCUCAUGAUGGGUUUUGAACUUCCCGGCCACGGCCACGAGCACAAUUACAACGCUGGUGGUCUCCGCCGCCCUUACACGGCCCGUGUAAGGUCGAGUUCUGUCGUGAGGUUUAGCUCAUCAAGUGACGCACCAAAGUCCCAAAGAACUAUGCACGUGCUGGUCAAUACUAUGUACGUCGUCCGCAGUACGCAGUUCACAGCUACUGCACUGGAACCGUGCUGUUCGGGUUGCGGAUGCCUGCAGCGGAUCCAGACUA